AAAUUCCAUUUUGGUAUGUCUGAUAAUCAUUCUGCAGAAAGUGUUCGAGUAGUGGUUCGUGUUCGACCUCUCAUAUCUGUUGAACAAGAACAAAGUGUUGUACAAGUGCAAGGAAACAAUGUAAUAUAUGUACAAGACCCCGAUGCUGCCAAAAAAUUCAGUUUUGAUAGAAUUUUCGACUCGGAUACCAAACAAGCAACUGUCUUUGAAGAAAUAGCAAAACCUAUAGCAAAUGAUGUGAUGCAAGGAUAUAAUGGAACUAUAUUUGCUUAUGGACAGACAGGUUCCGGUAAGACUUUUACUAUGCAAGGAAAGGAAGAUGGCAUUCGUAGCAAUGAACCUGCUGCAAAGCAAUCCAGAGGUAUUAUUCCUUUGGUAUUGGAAUAUUUAUUUGAAAGAAUGGAGCAAGACAAAAGUGGAAAGAAUAUGGUCAAUUAUACCGUCAAAUGUUCUUAUUUGCAAGUUUACAAUGAGAUGAUUACAGACUUGCUCUAUUCCGGUACACCGCAUCCAUUAAAUAUUAGAGAAGACUCCAGGAGAGGAGUCUACGUAGAUGGAAUAAGUGAAGAAGUAGUCCAAGGACCACAAGAAUGUUAUCAAUUGCUGAUGAAAGGGUUGCAUAAUAGAGCAGUUGGUGCUACUGCAAUGAAUCAAGAAAGUUCUCGUUCUCAUGCAGUCUUGACUCUGACCAUCGAGAGAAAUGAGUGCAAAGAAAACAAAGUUUGGACGAAACGAGUAUCUAAACUUAAUUUAGUAGAUUUGGCAGGUUCCGAAAGACAAAAGAAAACAAACACGACAGGAAAAUCGUUAAAAGAAGCUGCCAACAUAAAUAGAUCUUUAUCAGUCUUAGGUUACGUCAUAAUGGCGCUAGUUGACGUGGCUGGAGGAAGAGAAAGACAUAUCAACUAUCGAGAUUCGAAAUUGACAUUUCUGUUAAGAGACUCUCUGGGUGGUAAUGCAAAGACUUGCAUAAUAGCAACCAUCAGUCCAAGUGAGAAGAAUAUAAGCGAGACCAUAUCCACUCUCAAAUUUGCACAGCGAGCCAAGUGCGUAAAGAAUAGAGCAACCAUUCAAGAAGAAACCAGUGGCAAUGUUAUGCAACUACAAGUGGAAAUCAAAAGACUACAGGAAUUUGUCAGACAACUGCUUUCUGAAAGAGAACAGCUGGUUAAUCAUAGCAAUCAAUCUACUCCUAAUGGAAAAGCUCCAGCAUUGGUUACGGUAAAGAGACAAGAUCUGGCUAUUCAUAGUCCACCGCUUUCAAAUGAAGAAUCCAAUGAAGGACAACCAGAACCGCAAGAUGUUUUGGUUUCUGGUGCAGCUGUAAAAGAAUUGCAACAAAUGUUGAUAUUGACGGAACAACGAGGAAGAGAAACCGAAGAUACAAAACGUUAUUUGGAAACUCAAUUAGAAGAUAUUACCAAUCAGUAUAGAAGAUAUAAGGAUUCGAUACGUUCCAUUCACUUAGUAUUGAAAAAGGUUGUAUCUUUCAUGCAAGAAUUUACUCCUCAAGGUCAUCAUGAAAGAAUGAACUCUGAAGUGAUUGAUAUGGAUAGUUCUACUGUUUCGUCAUCGGGUUCCGUAGAAGAAGAGGAAGAAGAAAUUCAACAGCUCGAGGAAACAGCAGAAUAUCUUCAAAAGGGUUUGACAAGGUUCAAACAAUUUGUGGAAACUAAGAAACGAGAAGUCAGUAACCUUCGAGAAGAAGUAGGAGAAAAGCAAAACUGUCUCUCCAGUUUAAGAACACAAAUGGAACAACUUACUUCUGCAACUCCUGCUCAUUCUCGUGACCAUUCUCAGCAAUACGCCUAUUUCCGUUCUCAGGUAAUUGAAAGUAUCCGGACAAACGUCGAUGAUGAUUCCUUCCAACCCAAUCUUUGGGACCCAGAGAAACUAGCAGAUGUUGAAUUUUUACAAUAUAAGAUUGCCGAGAUUCUACAAAGUGAAGCCUACAAGGACGAACUCAUACAAGGAAUUUUAGCAGAAAAAGCAAGAAUAGAAUCUCAACGAGAUGCUGCUCAAAGUGAAGUCGACCGUAUUCUCCAUUCCUUAGAGAUAGAGAAAGAAAAUUCUAAAAUGCUUGAAGAUCAGUUGAAGAAGAUGCAGAAUAAUCAAGACCAUCAGGGUAUAGGAGAGGAAGCCUUAAGAAAGAAGCUAAUACAAUCUGAAAGUAAAAUACAAUCCCUUGAAAACUUUCGAAAGCAGAUGCAACGACUUGUUGAUCAACAGUCCAUAGAAAUACAAACUUGGAAGAAGCGUGCUCAAAGUGUUUCUGAAGAAUUGGUAGCAGCUCGAAAGGAAUAUGAAAAUCAUGAACGUUCUAGAAGCGAACAAUUGCAGCGUCUCAUGAACGAAUUGAUCAAGCAAAGACGACAAAUUAUUUUAGCAGAAGAACGUAUAGCAGCUGCUAGUGUUAUUCAGAAAGAAAUUCAACAACAUUUUGAUCAAGGUCAAUAUUUACGUGAAGGACGUGGAGGAGCUAUUUCAUCUUUUGUGAAUGGUCUCGAGUAUAUUGCUGAACAAGUCAUUUCUAAACUUUUCGGUGCAACACGUCCUAACAACCCUCAUUAUGGCUUGGCAGGUUCAGUCAUCAAUCACAGCAAGGACAUUCCUUUGGAGACCAUGACCAAAUUGGGAGGAGAACUUGAACAAAGUGCAAAGGCUGCAGAAGCUGCAUUAUCACGAAUGGAUCAUAAUAUUGAACUGUUUUCUCAUUCCCGUUCCUCUUCAAAAGAUGCUUCAGAGACUAUAACGGUAUAAAUCCAUACCUUUGGUUUUCGCUUUAUAAAUGUUUGAUUUUCUAA